GCUGGGGCGGCUGGCAGGGGCCCAGCACAUAACUGGGCGGUUGCAGUCUGGGGCAGCAGACACCCGCCGCUCUGAGCUGAACUGGCAGCAUGAAGGCCCUCCUGGCCCUGCCGCUGCUUCUGCUUUCCACGCCCCCGUGCAUCCCCCAGGCCUCCGGAAUCCGGGGAGAUGCUCUGGAGAAGUCUUGCCUUCAGCAGCCCCUGGACUGUGACGACAUCUACGCCCUGGGCUACCAGACAGACGGUGUGUACCUUAUCUACCCCUCGGGCCCCAGCGUGCCUGUGCCUGUCUUCUGUGACAUGACCACCGAAGGCGGGAAGUGGACGGUUUUCCAGAAGAGAUUCAAUGGCUCUGUGAGUUUCUUCCGGGGAUGGAACGACUAUAAGCUGGGCUUUGGCCGUGCUGACGGGGAGUACUGGCUGGGACUGCAGAACCUCCACCUCCUGACCCUGAAGCAGAAGUAUGAGCUGCGCGUGGACAUGGAGGACUUUGAGAACAACACAGCCUAUGCCAAGUACGCUGACUUCUCCAUCUCCCCCAACGCAAUCAGUGCUGAGGAGGAUGGCUACACCCUCUAUGUGGCGGGCUUCGAGGACGGCGGGGCAGGUGACUCCCUGUCCUACCACAGUGGCCAGAAGUUCUCCACCUUCGACCGGGACCAGGACCUCUUUGUGCAGAACUGUGCAGCUCUCUCCUCGGGAGCCUUUUGGUUUCGCAGCUGCCACUUUGCCAACCUCAAUGGCUUCUACUUGGGUGGCUCCCACCUCUCCUAUGCCAAUGGCAUCAACUGGGCCCAGUGGAAGGGUUUCUACUACUCCCUCAAGCGCACCGAGAUGAAAAUCCGCCGGACCUGAGGGUCUCACCAUUAGCCCCAAGCCUCCCAGCUGCUCUAGGUCUCCAUGAGUGCUCCCCUGCCGCCCCUGCCCCACCCCACGGUCCCAACAUGUUGGCUCUGCUACUCUCUUAGCACCUGCUUCCCAGGGGGCCUUGGGCUCUGGCCCAGACUGAUCCCAUCACACCUGGAGUGUCCACCUCUAGAGCCAGGCCUCUGCUCCUCUCCACCUAAAGCCACACUGCCAGCAGCUUCCCAGGCCUCCUUUGAAAGGCACAACCUCCUGACCUGGACCUGGACAGGCUCCACGGUAUUCAGUGGCCUCUGCCCUACCCCAGGAGCUGAGUACUGGGAGUUGCUUUCCCAGACUGGGGCUCUGUGUUCCACUUUAGCCAGACUCCUCUGUCUGAGGCCACUCUAGACUGAGUUGGCCAAGUUUGGCUAGUGCCCAGUGCAUGCCACGCCACUUGUAUGUGGCUCCCAAGCCACUUGUGCCAACCCCUGGGCUGCCUGGCCCCAGUGCCCUGGGUGUUCUGCCUUACUUCCCAUCUGGCCCACCCCCUCCAGACCCUGGGGGGGCCCCUUCAGCCACACCCCAGCACUCCCUCUGCUGUUCUCAGAGUAGCUCCCAUCCUUUACCUCCCUCCAACUUAUUCCUGAGUGAGCACCAUGAACCCCCAGCCCCACCACACUAUCAUAUUCAGCUUCCCCUGCCUGCUUAUCCGAGGCCCCAAAGCUCAAUACCAAAGCUGUAAUUUAGCACAGCUACUGCACGCAACCUUCCAACAGCCACAGUCAAGGUAUAGAUAUGAGGUCCCCCCUCCUGCCCUGGGGUUGAGGUUUUGGCCACGUGAGAGGGCAGAGGACAACUCUGUGGGGCCGGAUGCAGGUAGGAAGUGGAGCUCUCAAUAAACCUCAGGACCUGAAGGAA